GAGAGAGAGAGAGUGAGGUGAGAGGUUAGAUACUUGGCUUGCCUGCACUCAGAUAAGAGGAAACUGAGAUCUGCCAGCAUCCAUACAUUACAGACAUUACAGAAAGGAGGUUUCAGCUGGUGUCCUGAGCUUGGUUAGGGGGCUGAAAGUCGACUCUAUUGAGGGGAUAGUGUUAGCAGUACAGUAGUGUGGAGUGGUCCACAGCCAUGGAACAGGAGAAACUAGCCGUGUACCACGGAGCCAUCAGCAGAGAGGAGGGGGAGAUGAGGCUGUGGACAGCAGGACGGGACGGCAGCUACCUGAUACGCAACAGUGAGAGUCUAGCUGGGCUCUACUGCCUCUGUGUGCUGUAUAAAGGCUAUGUGUACACAUAUAGGCUGUCCCUGGAUGUUGGAGGCUCCUGGACAACAGAGACUACUCCCGGCGUGGAGAAACGAUACUUUCGGAAAAUUAAGAACUUGAUAACAGCUUUCCAGAAACCAGGCCAAGGCAUUGCUACACCUCUCCUCUACCCCGUAACCAUGCAGAGUCACACGCACCCUGUCACCGCAGAGAAUCAUACACACCCUGGCAACAUGAAAGCACACCCUAGCAGCCCGCCACCAACUCACACCACUCAGAAUCAUUACCAACAGUAGACAACAGCUUAGAGACACAGAUGGAGACAGACUACGCUAGAGACAGACAUUCUUGAUGUGGGCCUGUAUUCUUAUGUUGUCAUUGUGCUAGUCAUUAAUUUGAAAAUAGCAUUUGGUUUCAGUAUCAAAACUUCAAUGUGAUCCUUAAAUCUCUUUACAUCUGUAGUAUUGAUGUUCUAUAUUGGUGUUUAAAAUGUGUUUCUAAGACAGUAUUGUUGCUAUAUUUGAUUACAACUCAACUACAUAGUUUCAUGUCAGCCGAUAAAUAAUAUGCUUUGUUUUUAAAGUAAAAUCAUUUCUAACUGACAAAUGAAAAUUGCUACCAAUGCUAAUAAAUAAAUGCCAUUGGUUA